AAGUUUCACGCCUGCAAAUCGGCGCAGACGUAGGCACGUUCGUCAUCCGUUGCUCGGUAUUUAGUUGGUUACAAGUUCUCUCCUUUCUCAUUCUCCUCCCGACUCCUUUGAGACGUGUGGCAUGAUAAAAGCUUGACCCCUCUUGCAAGCAAGACGUGGCUACCCGUGUGAUGCACAGGACUGUUACUGCGAAGAUGGCGGAAGAGGUUAGCCGAGCGGUGGCGUCGGAGACAGCGGUGGCGAGUUCGUCGAAGUGGGCAUGGCCGAGCGUCCUGCGGUGGGUUCCCACCUCCACCGACCACAUCAUCGCCGCGGAGAAGCGUCUUCUCUCGCUCGUCAAGACUCCAUAUGUACAAGAGCAUGUCAAUAUUGGUUCUGGUCCCCCCGGUUCCAAAGUCAGGUGGUUUAGAUCCUGUAGUGAUGAGCCGAGGUUCAUCAAUACAGUAACAUUUGACAGCAAAGACGGCUCUCCUACUCUUGUUAUGGUACAUGGUUAUGGUGCUUCUCAAGGUUUCUUCUUUCGGAACUUUGAUGCCUUGGCUAGUCAUUUUCGCGUGAUUGCUAUUGAUCAACUUGGUUGGGGAGGAUCGAGUAGACCGGACUUCACCUGUAAAAGCACAGAAGAAACUGAGGCGUGGUUUAUAGAUUCUUUUGAGGAAUGGCGUAAAGCUAAAAAUCUUAAUCAGUUUAUCUUACUCGGCCAUUCUUUUGGAGGAUAUGUUGCUUCGAAAUAUGCUCUGAAGCAUCCUGAACAUGUUCAACACUUAAUCUUAGUAGGCCCAGCUGGCUUUUCAUCGGAGACAGAACAGAGAUCAGAGUGGCUAACUAAAUUUAGAGCAACAUGGAAAGGCACAAUUAUUAAUCAUCUCUGGGAAUCAAACUUUACCCCUAUGAAAGUUAUCCGGGGCUUAGGCCCUUGGGGCCCUGAUCUAGUACGUAGGUAUACAACAGCUAGGUUUGGUUCUUACUCCAGUGGUACCAUCUUAAAUGAAAGAGAAGCUGCUUUGUUGACAGAUUACGUGUACCAUACUUUGGUGGCGAAAGCAAGUGGAGAAUUAUGUUUGAAGUAUAUAUUCUCUUUUGGAGCAUUUGCACGGAAACCUCUUCUACAAUGUUCUUCGGAUUGGAAAGUUCCUACAACCUUCAUUUACGGCUACGAGGACUGGAUGAAUUACCAAGGCGCACAACUUGCUCGAGAGGGCAUGAAGGUCCCCUGCGACAUAAUUAGAGUACCCCAGGGCGGCCACUUCGUCUUCAUAGACAACCCUUCAGGAUUUCACUCCGCCGUUGUGCAUGCUUGCCGGAAAAUUUUAGCCCCAAAUUUAGAGGCCUGGGAGGAGCCCUUGCCCGAAGGCCUUACCUCUGCCUGAACCUUGGAAGAACCAUUAUUUAGGGCUUCCUCCCACUUCAUCUCUUCCGUUUAUUGUAACAAAUUAAAUUAAUGAAACAGAUAAUAGGAAAUUAUACGGGUGGUACAGAAUAGCUGGAACCACGUUUUUUAUAUUCA